UACUAUGCUUUCAAAGUUUUUGCUUGCAGAGGCCGUUCCGCUGCAAGAGAAAGGAAGGAAAAUUGUGUUACAAUCAUUUUCUCAUCGUAAGUCGUAACAUCAUAACAACUCUUUGUUCUUUUGUCUCUGUCCCUGGGUUCGUUUCUAAAGGAAGCAAAAACAACCACAGCUGAGAAUCUGAGAUGGGCGGGCUGGCAGUCACAACUCGAAACCAGACUAUAGAACAAUUUCUGUGAUGCCUCUGAACAAAAGACCUUAAUUUCACUGCCACUCUUAACACUGUCAACCACACCACCCACUUAAAACAAUCUUCCCCACCUCCCUUCUCCCGUCCUUUCUCCACCACCGCAGAUGGAGCGAGAUAGAGACUCUCCUUCCUCCGACGAGGACGACGACCACGAAGCCCUAAUCGACCCCACCGACACCAAAUCCCAACGCUCUACCUUCGAGAUCGGCCACCUAAAGACCCAACUUGCUCGUCCUCUCCGCUUCAGUAAGCGAUACCUCCUCGCUUUCUGUCUCAUGCUUUCUCUGAUCUUUCUUUAUUUCUCCGUCGACUUCGGUAACCUGUUCCGUAGCGUAUCGACUAUGAAAAUAGCUGACUCCGGAACUGAUCGCAUGCGAGAGGCCGAGUUGCGGGCUUUGUAUCUCUUGAAGCAGCAGCAAUUAGGGCUUCUGAGUCUAUGGAACGCUACAUCCAUUCAUUCCAGAUCAAUUUCUGUAAUUAAUCCAAAUUCUACACUGGAUAUCAUCUCCAAUUCAACUAAAAAUGCAAAUUCGAAUUCGACAUUGCAAAUGGAGGAUCUUAUACCGUCAAUUGAGGAUUUCAGGUAUGCAGUGGUUAAUCAGAUUAAGUUGAAUAAAGAAAUCCAGGAAGCUCUGUUGUCUUCGCACCGAAUCGGGAACUUAUUGGAGUUGGGAGAUGGCAAUGUGGUUCCUGAAUUCGGUGGUUACGGAUUUGAUAGGUGCCGGAAAGUGGAACCGAAGUCGGAGGAGAGAACGAUCGAGUGGAAGCCCAAGGGGAACAAGUACUUGCUUGCAAUUUGCGUGUCUGGGCAGAUGUCGAACCAUUUGAUUUGUUUGGAGAAACACAUGUUUUUUGCUGCGGUUCUUGGUCGCAUUUUGGUAAUUCCGAGCGCCAGAGUAGAUUUCCAAUACAAUCGCGUUCUUGAUAUUGAUCACAUAAAUAAGUGUUUUGGUAGAAAGGUUGUCGUCUCCUUUGAAGAGUUCUCUGAGAUGAAGAAGAACCACUUGCACAUAGAUAGGUUUAUCUGUUACGUCUCAUCGCCACAACCUUGUUAUGUAGACGACGAACACAUUAAAAAGUUAAGAGCUUUGGGGAUAACUACGGGUAAGCUUGAGGCGCCUUGGGUAGAGGAUAUCAAAGAACCGAAGAAAAGGACUUUUAAUGAUGUAUUGGAAAAAUUUUCAGCUAAUGAUGAUGUUCUUGCUAUUGGAGAUGUGUUUUUUGCCGAUGUAGAGCAAGAAUGGAUAAUGCAGCCUGGAGGUCCGCUUGCUCAUAAGUGCCAGACUGUAAUUGAACCAAGUCGUCUGAUUAUGUUAACAGCACAGCGGUUUAUUCAAACUUUCUUGGGGAAGAACUUCAUAGCACUCCAUUUCCGUAGACAUGGAUUUUUGAAAUUCUGCAAUGCAAAGAAGCCUAGUUGCUUUUUCUCCAUUCCUCAGGCAGCUGAUUGCAUUACUCGGGUGGUGGAAAGGGCCGAUGUACCAGUAAUUUAUUUGUCCACAGAUGCAGCAGAAAGUGAAACUGAUCUACUGCAAUCACUGAUUAGGCUGAAUGGGAAGGCCAUCCCACUGGUCAAACGGCCAGCUCGCAAUUCAGCUGAAAAAUGGGAUGCUCUUCUCUACAGGCAUGGACUUGAGGGAGAUUCCCAGGUUGAAGCUAUGCUAGACAAGACCAUCUGUGCUAUGUCAAGUGUGUUUAUUGGAUCAGCAGGAUCAACAUUCACGGAGGACAUACUCCGCCUCCGUAAAGACUGGAGAUCUGCAUCCAUCUGUGAUGAGUACCUCUGCCAAGGAGAGGAGCCCAACUUUAUUUCGGAUAGUGAAUAAAGGUAAAUAGUUGGCAAUUAAUCACUGAUGGGUAGUCGGGUUUCCUGCUGUCUGAUCCCUUGGGAUCAAAUACGGCACAUUGCUGGAGAUGUGGCUUGUGUUUACAUGUUUGAUGUGUAUUUUAGUGUAUGAUAUCAUUUUCUAUCCCGAGUAAAAUCUCUUAUUGUAUAUCUACAUUUGACUGAUUUUAGUCGUCACUUCGGAUACUACGAUAUGCCCUUUCUCAGGUUUUGUCA